UGGCGGAUGCAAACUACCUACGGAGGCACCAACAAGGAGAAGUCUAACUACUGCUCGUCCCGCUGAGGAAACUUCAUUUGAAGCGCAACGUUCCUCUCUAGUUUUCGUGGUUUUCCCCCACAGCUGAGUGGAAUAUCGCCUGGAACUUUCUCGCCGUCUGACGACAAGCACCAAGGACUGAACCGAACAACGCUACAGUACUGUUACUGCAACGAUUCAAUUCUUGCAGAUCAACGCGCUGCAGCCUUCUGAGUUAGAAUGGAGAGGGUCACUCAGACAUUAAUCCAGGUUGAUCUGCUGAUGGAACAUCAUGCCUAAUCUCAUUAAGCACCUGGAAUUGUUCCUCCUCUGACAACUCGUAGCAGGAUUACUAAAAGAAGGGACUUAAAACGUGCCUGGUGUGCAUACUAAGACUGCUACCAUGCCCAUUCUCAAGCAGUUGGUCCACAACUCUAGCCAGUCCAAGCGGCGGUCCCGUGUAGAUCUGACCGCGGAGAUGAUCAGUGCUCCAUUAGGGGACUUUCGCCACACCAUGCACGUUGGUCGCGGAGGUGAUGCCUUCGGGGACACGUCUUUCCUAAGCACACGAUCUGGGGAACCACCGAGAGAGCCGGAGACAAAGCCAAGCUCUCCUGGCCCCAAACCCGGACUGCUGUCUCGCACCUUCCGGAGCAGCAAGCGCUCUCAGUCGGUCAACCGGGGCGAUAAGUACGACCACAACAACACCAUUCCCUCCAGUGGGUCUGCCAACUUUGUGAAGACGGCAAUUUCCUUGCCGUAUCUCAAUGAGGAGGAAGCUAACAGGAGCAACAGAAUGUUUAAGAGUGUUUCUUCCAGCCCGAUGAAGAAGAUCGUGGAGAUUGACCCCAAGCCAGCUAAUGGAGCAGCAGCAGCCAUGGCCACAAUGGAUUCUGAAUUUGAUGAACGGAACUUUGGCGAGCUGACCGAUCUUCCUCCAUCCAUGCCCAAAUCUGGUGGCAUGAAGCAUGCUGAGUCCAUGAUGUCCUUUCACAUUGAUUUGGGACCUUCAAUGCUUGGAGAUAUCCUUAGCGUCAUGGAGAAGAAAGGCUGGGAGGAAGAUGACUUGGGCUAUGAGGAGGGUAAAGGAAGCGAAGGUCAGGGCUCCCCGUCGCAUAUCCCACUCAUAGAUGAUGAUGAUGAUGAUGAAGAGGAGUUAGGCCCUGAGAGGCCGCCUCACUCAAUGUACCAGCAGAAGGCCAUCGUGGACGCCUACUCUCCAGAGCUCCACUCCAGAAACAACCACCGUCACCUGGACAGCUACUCUGUGUCCAGUUCGGGUUCAGCUGCCGAAGACAAGGCCCAGUACAAUCACCAUGAUGGCGACACAGACAGUGCCAAGUACAGCUCGCCACGUGGCGAGGAAGACAGGGAUUUCACCUUCAUGGACGACGACGACGACGAGAUCAGGGUGUGAUUUGGAGAGCAACCAAGGAAGGCUCGUGGUGAUCGAUACUUUACACCAGUUUGACUUUUCUAGACGACGCUUCACUUCCAGCUAGCUUGGUCUAGUUGGCUCACAGAAAUUAAUAAGCUCUUUUUAGUUCAGACAAGACUUUUCAGUUUUUCAUCACAAUCAUAUGAGAUGUGCAUCUGUUUCAGAAGUGGACGUUCGGGGGACAAGACACCACUGGGAACCUGGGAGAGGUCAUGAAGCUACACUGACCUAGAUAAAGUGUAAUUUCUGGCCGUGGCGGGAGUUUACUUUUUUGUACAAAACUUCAUGUGUGUUUGUUCUUUUCGUUGUAGGUGGGGGGUGGAGUGUCAAAAUCCAUUUAGCUGGUGGUUUAAUAUAGACGAUGACAAGCAUAUCAAUAUCAGUCGUUCGAAUCUGCAGUUUUGGUCAAUUCAUAUAUUCAUAUUCUCAACACAGCAUGUUUAAUUUAAAGAUGAUGGUGUCUGAGUCAAACGCUAUGGGGGGAACUCGCCUCUGAGUUUAUCAAAAGCCCUGAAAAUUGGCAUCACUUUGUUUGCAAAUUUUGAACUUGGUCUUAAAAUCAUCUGAAUCACAGUCUUGUACUGUUGUCUGACAUGUUGAUAAGUGUGAACACAAACUGACAGUGCUACAAACUCCUCGUAUUAGGAUCUGAUCUAUAGCUGUUGCCAUCUAUGUUUAAAAAGGUUUUUGACCGUCUUGCUAUAUGGGUUUGUGACACAAGUGUCACACACAUCAGCGUGGUUGAAAGAACUUCAUGCUGCUGAGAUGCAGGUUUAUAAAUGUUUGUUUUGUUUUUUUUUUACGGUUUAGCAGUCUCAGAUUAAGGAAAUGUCCUUGUACUUCAGUUGUGUUAUUGAUCUCUGAAAAUGUCUCAAAGGGAUGGACGAUGCUGUGCACUACUUUGUCUUAACUGAUUCAAUUUAUUUCACCUGAUGUUUGAAUGUCUCCUUUAAAAUGAUCUGAUUAUUGGACUUAAAAAAAGAGAAAAAGAAAGAAAUCUCAUCACUCCUGGUUUUAUGAGCAAGCUGAUGGUCCACACUGCUUUUCUUGUUUCUCACAAUGUGUGUUUGUUGACAUUUUGAGGUGUUUAAAAGACGACACAAUUGUACCACUGUGUUUCUGACCAGUCUGCCUUUGAGUCUUAAUGGUUUUGCCUUAACUCCGAUCCAUUCAGUUUUAUCAGAAUUUCUCCUGGUCAUGCUGAAGCAGUUUAGCUGACAAUGUGUGCGUGACUUGUGAAGAACCCUUUGUGGGUCAGAUGAAAGAGGACAAGCAUGACCGUGAAGCUGAUUCAGACCCACAUGAUUUUGGAAGGCACAGCAGGUUGGAGAAAAGUAAGAAAAGUCAAAGGUUUAGUUUCUGCUGGAGGAGCGCUGCGAAAUGUUCAGGGUUUUCACCCUAAUACAAGAUGUGACAAAUUUGAUGCGUGUGAGCUGCUUAAGAGAUAUUCAGGAACAACACUAGCCUUUGUCAAACGGCCAAUCACAGCUCACCGUGAAGUUACAAAUGACAUGCUCGCUGUCCUCUAACUGUCCCCUAAGCUGGCUCCUUCUACACAUUUUAUUUGAAGAAAAGAAUGAGGUCUGACUCCUCAAACAUCCUGGAGAAAACCUCACCUCCACCUCAGUUUAACUGUUAUUGCCGCAGGUUUGUUUAAACUUUAAACUGUCGAUUGUGGCUUUGGCAGGGGCUGCAGAAAAUAUGACUGUUUUGACUGCUACCCGCUCCUUUGUCUUCUCUUCUUGCUUGACAUUAAUAUAUUCAUUGUUUCCACUUUCCUUUGAAUAACAGCUAUAUUUUUAAAAUAAAAGUGAAAAUGGUUCCUUAAAUUGUGAAGUCAUUCUGUAAACAUGGAUAACUUAGCGUUUUGAAUUCAAAAUCAGGUGUUCUCUUUUGUGUUUCUCUUUACAGAUCUAUGUAUGAGCCGUUCAGCUGCAUCAAAGAUUACUCGACAGAUCACCACAAGAGUUACCUGGAACCAGCUUUAUUUAAAGCUGUCGCUAAAUGGGCGCCAGAGAACGAAUCGUUUAAAGAUUCCCCUUGGUGUCUUCAUAAGCGACAAGGCUCUCUGAUCCAGUAAUAUAAACAAAAGAUAAGGACAAAAAAGCAAGAACAAAGGGGGAAAAGGUCACUUUUCCAUGUGUCCGUACUGCCCCCUUGUGCUCAGUCUCUGUGUUACACCGAUACAGGUUAAAUAAAACGCAACCGUGAUAAAUGUAGUUGACCCUAGGACCCUAGGAAAAAUCUAUCUAAAAUAGAUUUUUUUUUCAAGAAAAGAAGAACUCAAUUAUUCCUUGUUAUUUCUCAAUAUCUAAACAAAAGCCAUGCACAAACCAAAACAAUCUUCAGGGAACUUGGCAUAUCAAUGAUACUAGUCGAGUGUUCAGAAAGAGAAUUCAGCAGUUUGAACAAGAGAAGAUGGACCGAAGACGGUUGUGACCACCGUUUUAUCAGUGAAACGAUUCAGUUCUGAAGUGACGCACCGUUGUCGGCCACCAGAGUGCGCUCGUAGAAAAGCUUCUCAAUUUCGCAAACGCAAAAGUUCAUACAUGUUCUUUUUUUGAUGGGAUAUAUAUUAAAAGUACUUGGUUCUGAAUUGAUAGACACUUUUAACCAAGAAUAACUGGUUUGUGCUCAUUGUUUUGUUUUAAAACGAGAUUUCUCUUAUUUAAAUUAGACAUUUAUAAGACGUAAAAUCAUGAACAACGUCGAUGAAAAUAAAAUAUAAAAAUAAUGUGACGAUGAUGAUUGGGCAUUUUCAAUGG